AUGGCCUUCCGAGACGACGAAGAAGCGUUGCCUCUGACUAGGCACGAUGCCAACCAGACCGACGACCAUGACCAACCACGGCCGUCCGCAUCAUCCAUAUCCACCACUUCGCUUGUGCUAGAACAUCUGUCAGGCCAUCUGAAUUCUAUCGAGGCCAAAGAAGCCCUGUACUCGCAGCCGCGCUCCGAACAGUUCGACUUUGAAGACAGAGCAGCCUGGAAGCACAAGAGCCAUGGCAUCGACUCCAGGGCCCGUCGUAUCCUGUACAUCGUCGCUUCGAUUGCCGCCGUAGGCUGGCUUGUAGCGCUAGCCCUCUUUCUCAGCUCCGGCUCACACAAAUCGCUCGCGAGUCGUCCUCACGAUCCUCAUGCCACCAAGACGGCUGGCCACGGCCGAAAGAUAACCCUGGAACAAGUCUUGCAAGGUCAAUUCUACCCUAAGAGCCAUGGAAUAUCGUGGAUUGAAGGUGCUCAAGGAGAAGACGGCCUGUUGCUACGGUGGGGAGAAGGCGGUAGAGACUACCUGGUUGUCGAGGAAGUCAGACACAUGCAAGACGCCCAGCCCUCCCAACAACACAGUAAGACGUUGAUGAAGAACGGCGGCUUCUACUACAACGACGAGGCUAUCAGCCCGAGUAAUGUCUGGCCCAGUGCCGACCACAAACACGUUCUUAUUCAGUCUCACAUCCAGAAGAAUUGGAGACAUUCAAAUACCGGCAGAUACUGGAUCUUCCAUGUCGAUAGCCAGACUGCCGAGCCUCUUGAUCCUGCUGAGCCCAACAAAAGGAUUCAAUUCGCUUCAUGGUCUCCCAAUAGCGAUGCCGUCGUCUUCACCAGGGAUAAUAACAUGUACAUCCGAACCCUUGCAGAGAACAAAGUAAAGUCUAUCACGACUGAUGGUGGUGCUCAACUCUUCUACGGUGUGCCGGAUUGGGUCUAUGAAGAGGAAGUCUUCUCCAGUAACAAAGCUACCUGGUGGUCUGGCGAUGGCAAGUAUCUUGCUUUCCUCCGCACCGACGAGGCCGCCGUACCCGAAUAUCCUGUUCAGUACUUCUUCUCGAGACCCAGCGGCAAGCAACCGAAGCCGGGAGAGGAGAACUACCCGGAAGUGCGCAAGAUCAAGUAUCCCAAGGCGGGAGCCCCCAUGUCCGUUGUCACCGUGCAGCUGUACGACAUUGCCCAAAGCCAGGUCUUUACUGUUCCCAUUGAAGGCGACUUCAAGGAUAAAGAUCGUCUGAUCACUGAAGUCACUUGGGCUGGUCGCAGUGGCAAGGUCAUCAUUCGCGAGACCAAUCGUGAGAGUGACGUGCUGAAGGUGGUUCUCAUCGAUGCCGAACGAAGAGAAGGCAAGACUAUCAGAGAGUUGGAUGUAAAUGCCCUCGAUGGAGGUUGGUUCGAAGUCUCUCAAACAACGACAUAUGUCCCUUCCGACCCUGCCAAUGGUCGAGAACAUGAUGGUUACAUCGACACAGUCAUCCAUGAUGGCUACGACCACCUUGCCUACUUCACACCAUUGGACAACCCAAAGCCAGUCAUGCUCACCAAGGGCAAAUGGGAAGUCGUCGAUGCUCCGUCCGCCUUGGAUCUCAAGAACAAUCUUGUGUACUUUGUAGCCACCAAGAAGUCGUCUAUCGAGCGCCACAUCUACAGCGUCAAACUCGAUGCAUCAGACCUCAAGUCUAUCACUGAUGAUAGUCAGAUCGGAUACUACUCUGGGUCUUUCUCUAAAGGCCCUGGUAUUCCGUGGCAGAAGGUGAUGAAUACUCCUAGCAACGGUGACAAGCUGGAAAUCACUGUGGAAGAGAACAAGCCUCUGAGAGAACUUGUUACCAAAACAGAACUGCCCAUCGAGAUCUACCAAACCAUCAACGUAGAUGGUUUCGACUUGAAUCUCGUUGAGCGUCGCCCACCCCACUUUGACGAAAGGAAGAAGUAUCCUGUUCUGUUCUUCCUUUACAACGGUCCUGCCUCUCAGCAGGUUGAUCGACAAUUCCAUCUCGACUUCCAGUCUUACGUCGCAUCGUCUCUCGGCUACAUAGUGGUCACUCUUGAUGGACGUGGUACUGGCCACCUCGGCCGCGCCACCCGCUGCAUUGUCCGUGGCAACCUCGGACACUAUGAAGCUCACGAUCAGAUCGCCGCAGCCAAGAUGUGGGCCGCGAAGAAAUACGUUGACGCCGAACGCAUAGCCAUAUGGGGCUGGAGUUACGGCGGUUUCAUGACCCUCAAGACCCUCGAGCAAGAUGCCGGUCGCACAUUCAAAUACGGCAUGGCUGUCGCUCCGGUGACGGACUGGAGAUACUAUGACAGCAUAUACACUGAACGUUACAUGCACACACCCCAGCACAACCCUGCCGGCUACGAAAACUCUACCGUUACGGACGUGGAUGCUCUUUCUAAAAAUGUCAGGUUCAUGGUCAUGCAUGGUGUUGCGGAUGACAAUGUACACUUCCAAAAUACGUUGAGUCUGCUGGACAAACUGGACCUGGCAAACGUGCAAAACUACGAUGUGCACUUUUUCCCCGACUCGGAUCACAAGCUGAGUAAUUGGCUCAUCAAUGCUUUCAAUGGCGAGUGGUUAAGGACACCCAAUCCUACGCCACUGGCACAGAUUGAAAAGUAG